AGUGGAAGUGCGGCAGCAGCUGCACUGCAGUUCGAAUUUCAGGCUCAGCCUUAAAAUUCAGGGAGCAACAACUUAACACUACCAAUUGCUACAGCUAGCUAUAUUGUAGUCUACACAACAGAUUAGCUCCACCUUCUCAGACUUUUUCACUCACUUCUUCAACUAAUUCAAUUCGAAACCAGUGCCAGUGGCAGAGCUCAGUCAGAGGAGACGGAAGACAAAUAAAUAUAUGCUUGACUCACGUCACCUUGACUCCGAGACAGUUACUUGAUCAGCCCUAUAUAAGGCUUAGGAAUACGACAAUAUGGCUUCCGAUCAUCAUUCGGGUGAUCACGAUGCCAUCAUGGUGCUUCGGAAGAGCUCUCUGGAUGGGAUCCCUAUCAAGGAUGCAUGCAGAAAUGACAAGGGCAUCGUCUUAACAACCUUCAAAGGGCAAGUGUACCAGUGCAAUGGUGAUCCUUCUACUGCAAGCAAACAGGAGAAUUAUGACAGGUUGGUAUUCCGAACAUCAGAACUGGAGGAUGACCCCAGCGUUGAAAUCGUGAAUGUCUGUUGCGGUCGUCAACAUUUUCUUGCUCUUUCUGCCGACGGCCGAGUGUACAGCUGGGGUGGGAAUGACGAAGGGCAGCUUGGUAAUGGUAUCCAAAAGAAGAAAGGAAGAUAUCGAGCACGCCCGAAACCAAGGUUGAUCAAAUGUAUAUCAGAUUUUGGUGUCAUCCAGAUUGCCUGUGGAGAUUACCACUCUCUCGCACUCACCCGAGAUGGGCGGCUGUUUUCUUGGGGAUCUAACCGUCAUGGUCAGCUAGGUGUAUGCAAGGGCAAUGCAAAAAGAGAAAAGCUCCUAGUGGAUAAACCAAUCCAGAUCAAAAGCCUCUGGGGAAUGCCAUUACAGCGCAUUGCCGCCGGUGGCCAGCAUUCCGUUGUUCUUUCCGUCUCUGGAUCGGUCUACAUAUGGGGAUGGAAUGAACAUGGGCAGCUGGGAUUACAGCAGUCAGACGGUACAUAUGUGAAACUUCCUGUCAAGUUGGAGUCCAUAUCUCAUGCUGAUGUUAAGACUAUUUCAUGUGGAAUGCAUCAUACUAGCUUCUUGAAAGAGAAUGGUCAUCUGAUUGUACAUGGCAUGGGUGUUGACAGGGUCCCAUUUGAGUCUGAUGAAUGGAGAGAGUCGGAAUUGAGACCUUACCGGUUUUCUCGUCCCAAAUUUUCUUCCAUUCAGUCAACGAGCCGAUGUACUUACGCUGUUGAAGAGGUCACCCGUGAAAUCUUUGUGCUCGAUCACACUUACAACUUACAGCUAGUUCCUCUUAGAAAAACCUUGAUGAUUGACAUGUUUGAAACAGGAACAUCAACCGUUUGGCCAUCUCCUGGUUCAUAUGACUUAGACCCAGAAGUCUGGAGAUCAGCAAGACCUGAAGAGCAAUUGGAACGUGUUCUGAGCUUAGAAGAACAACUUGAAGGUGAUGAUGUGGCUACAAUCAAUAGGGUCAUAAGAGGUUCAGACAUUCUAGAGGGGACAGCCACAGACAACCAUUCCUAUUCCACUGGUUCUAAAAGUGGAAUCCCACAAUCAAGCACAACAUCUUCCUCUCGUGCUGGGACCCAUCCCAUCGCUGCCACCAGACCUACUGGUCAGGACACUGCAGACAUUCCCCAAGUCAAAUUCUCUGAAGGUGAUGUAACCAGCACAGAUGUUGCUCACCAAGAUCCUGUUGGGAAUGUCAUGAAAGAUGAACUAAGGGUAGAUGGUGUUGAUCAGGAAAACCAGCAAAUACCCCCAAGGAUCUUGCGACGACUGUGUCCUGGAAAUGAUAUCGUCUUUAUCAUAGAGCAAGAUGAACCAAUGGGGGAAGAGCUCCGUGUAUCGAUGACCCCUAGUAUAAAGGGAAUCAAUCCACUAUCUGCUGAACUUCUGCAGAGUUUGGCGAACACUGAGGGAGACAUCACAGAAGACAUGGCCUCAUUCAAGCAUGCAAGAGCUGUGUUCUCUUCUCCUACUUGCCUGAAUGCAUCAUUUCUUAAAACAGGAACAAAGGAGGUCAAUGGACCAAAUGUUGAUCUAAAAGCAGCAAGGAAGGCUUUUGAGAUGAUAAGGGAAAAUGGCAGACUCCUUGAAAAGCUUUCCGAGGUGAUCUCCGUUGACCUCUGCAUGAGCCCCCCUUGGUCAAAACCCCACGGAGAAACUCUUCGCUUCAUCCUGAUACUCUUGGAAUGCCCUGUUUUCAGUAAUCCUCAACACACAUGGGGGCGAAAUGUCCUCUCUUCCAUGGGCAAGUUCAUGAUCUCUCUUCACAAGUCAUCGGAAUCUGAAAUUCUUGGUCGUUGGUGGAAAUACGAACCAAUGUCAUUUCGACGUGCCAUCACAACAUACCGAAUUGCACUCACAUUCCUGAUCGGUGCGCAGAAUAGGAGGGCAUAUGAAAGGGAAAACUUUUCGACCUUUCUGAAAGUUCUCAGCUUUCUAAAUGAGAUCAACCAACAGCAUGACAUUCUAUCCAUUAAGACGUUCUACAUCCCAAAGUUAUACGGAGUUGCCUUCAGUCCAGAGAACUACAUGUACCAAGGUUCUUUCUGGGCAUCUUAUCCUUUCCUCAUGGACCUGGAGUUCAAGACAUCUGUGUUUACAUUGAAGAACAUGAUACUGAGAGAAAGAGAGCGUGCUUUUAACCCUUGGCUAUGCAUCGAUAAUCGACUUGAGGUUUUUGUGAGACGGGAGGAUAUUUUUGGGACAAGUGUCCGUGAGCAGUUCGCCAAGAUGUUACAUUACGAGAGUUCUUCGCUUCACCAACCCCUUCAGGUCUUCUUUCAAGAGGAAGCUGGUAUUGAUGAGGGAGCACUGAGUAUGGAUUUUUUCAGGCUUGUCUUUGAGGAACUUCUGGAUCCGCAAAAGCAUGAUCUUGUCCGACGUAUCAAUGAGGAUCAUCCAGUUGUUUGGUUUCAAAAGGACUGCAGGGACUCUCAGCUAGCCGAGAUAUUUGGUCUACUCUUUGGACUUUCAUUGUUCAACAAGGCAAUUGUUCCAUUACCGUUUCCACAAUUGCUGUAUGCCAAGCUUCUGGGAAAAGGUCCAAAGAAUCAGCUGAAAGAAGUAAGAGAGCUUGACCAGGACUUUGCAGAACAAAUGUCCAAAUUACUAAAUGGAACUGAAGAGUAUAUUAUGGGCUGUUGCUAUGGUGACGAUCUGGAGUUGGCGGAUGGGAGGAGUGUAGAAGUCACAAAAGAAAAUGUACAUCUCUAUGUGGAAAAGAAGAUCCAAGAGUUCUUGGUGCCAUCCCAAUUCCAAGCCUUCCAGCGAGGAGUCCACAAGGUCUUUCGUCCCGCUGACUAUGAAAUUUUUAGACCUAUCGAACUGGAAACACUUGUCAUCGGAGAGAAGUAUUACGAUUGGAAAGCACUUGAAGAGUCGACAAAGUAUGUAGAUCCGUACACCGCCUUUCAUCCAACCAUCAAAAUGUUUUGGCAGGUAUUUCAUGCCUUGGAUGAUGAUAUGAAGAGAAAGUUUCUCGUAUUUGUUGUGGGGUCUGACCGUGUACCCGUUGGCGGACUCAAGAACAUUGGCCUCCACAUCCAAUGCCUUCCAGUACCUUGUGAAGAUAUCAACGAUGCUCGUGAGAUUGAAGACAUCCUCACGCGUUUGUUGCCAACAGGCCAUGGCUGCGACAAUCAUGGAUUUAAACGUACCUUGCGCCUGCCUAUGUAUUCCAGCCUUGAACUUGUCGAAGAUCGCUUGACAGUUGCUCUGUCCUUUUACGACUGCCCAUUCCAUAUUGCAUAGAGUUUAAGACUAUUAUAUAGUUAUAAGACUUUUGGGGGGAUUUAUUUUUAUUUAAUUGCCCUAUCUGAAAUAAGUGUAUUUAAAGCCUACAUAUGUAUCUUUUGUUUUGGUAAAUUCCCACAAAAGUGAACACACUAUUCCAUUUCAUUAUUUGAUUUUAUUAAUUGAUGUGCACCAAAACGAACAUGCUGUAAAGGAUACAAACUAAAAAAGUUUUUUAGUGGAAAAUUUGUCGAUUUUACACCAGAUUCGAAUUCGAUGCGAUGCCCGAUUAAAUAGAUUAUCUGUCUUUUUUUGUCUUCUUUAUUAUAAAACUUUUUUUCAUUCAUGAAAUGAGCUAAAAUUUCAGGAUAUCUCUUUCUAACAUCUGAUUACUAAAUAUGUAAAGUCAGUGCUCAAAUGGCUAUUCGAAUAAAAGUAAAAAGUAACAUUCAAGAGAGAGGGCGCUAGAUUUAAAUAUAAAUCCUUUGCCCGUGAGCAAGGGAUCUAAUCUACAAUGCUCUUUUAUUCUACUUUCAAAUA